AUGCCACGGUGCCUCAAUGGACCCAAGAGAAGCGUGGAACUUCUCUUCGAGCCAAAGGAGUUACAAGAGUUCCAGGCUAAGGUUGAUACGCUGCUGGAAGAAUCGAAACGAUUGCAGACUACGGCGGAGAAAGCGCAGCGAGCGAUGUUGAGCUCUCGAACCGCUGGUCUAUCAAUGGUACCAGAGAAUCCGGAUAUGCAAAAGCUGGCAAAUGACGAGUACCGCUGCUUAAUCGCGGAACUUCAAGGAUUUCAAGUAAAUCAAGGCGCACUUGCCGUGGGACAGGCUGUUGCUGAAUUUCAAGAAUAUCUCGGCAUGUUUGGAACGCGGCUGUCGAAAGUGCCGGUGGUCAACGAAGAUACGAUGCAAGAGUCUACGCGGAACAAAGUGACGAUCCGAAAUAUUCCGGCUCACUACACUCGUACCGAUGCCAUCAAGAAGCGUAACGUGGCAAGUCAGACGGCCGCUCUUCCUACAGUCCCCAACAAUGGAAAUAAGCUUGAGAAGAAACCGGCACAGUGCGUGCGGUGUAGCAAGAAUGUGUUCCCGAAAGCCGAUAAAGGAGCGACAAAAGCGGCCGCGAAGCCGAUUGCCGGAAGCGAGGUGCGGGUUGCGCGGAUGGUGAUGGAGAAUUCUAAGAAGUUGCUGAAGUCGAGCAAAAAGCAGAGUCUUUCGCAUCUUGCCGAGCUUGCCGUGGCGCCUGUCGUCACGCCGAAAUCGAAGAAAGAUGUUGUCACUGUGACGGUCAAGCAUAGGAAGCCCAAGCUCGUAUCGGAAUCGAGGAAUUGGAAAGGAGAGCAGCAUGAACUCGUCUUUGCAUAUAUGGAAUCAGCUGAAGCGGCCAUAAAUCUCGUUCGCCAUUAUCAACGAAACCCUCCGGCUCAACUCGCCGCUUACAACGUCGUCUGGGAAAUCGCCGGUACCAACGCUUGGUCGAGGCUUUAUGCC